AUGAAGGAGAACAUCUCCUACGAGGUCUUCAUUUCCCAACACGGCAAUACGCAAAAGCUUGCCUACAACCCUCUCCGCUUUGCGGCAGAGGAUGGGUCGGUGUUCACGCUGAGCGAGGCCUCGGAGACCGCCGACAGAGAGCAAAGCCAACUCGACGCCGCCAACACAGAGCCCGGUGAGGGCGCACUUGAUCACGACUCUGGCGGUGGUGAGUCGGCGUCUGCCGACGACGAAGCGCGCGAGCGACACAUCAGGGAGGGUAGGAUCCUCGAGGAGUACGGCAAGGAAAACGAGUGCAUUGGAUCUCUCUUGUACAUGUCCAACUUGAAGAUGCACCGGACCAGGGGCUAUGCCACUACGACCGACUUUUCCAAGGAGUUCGCCCGAGCCGCUGGCGUGAAGGAAGGCCACGUCACGCUCGACCUCUUCCUUGGUCUCGGUUAUGUGUCACAGGAGGCCCUCAACCUUGGCGCCGAGCGUGUCGUGGCAUUCGAGAAAUACACGGCGGUACAGAACCUCGUGCGACGCAACCCGUGGAGCAUGAACAUCGACGAUCCGUCGCUGGCCCACCGCUUCAAGCUGCAGACGCUCGACGUGCAGCGGGAAAAAUCGCUGCCGCUCUUCCGCUUCUUUGCCGACUACCAGCGCAAGGGCAUCCUGCCCUCGCUGUUCAACAGCGUCAUCAUCGAUCCGCCCAAGAAGAAGGUGAUGCUUUACAUCUACUCCAAGUACUUCCUCGAGAACCUUGCAGAGUGGACGAAGAAGGGCGGUGUGGUGGCAGCCUACAUGCCGCCGGGCGGACUCUCGCCCAAGUUCUCACAGUGCCGAGAGGAGCUCGUGCAGACGUUUGAGGACACCCGCAAGUUUGAAUUCAUCGACUGUUGGGAUCAGGAGAAGAUGAUCUGGCGAUUCCGACGGCGAUGA